GCUUCUUGCCAUUGUCCUUUUUCGCCUCUAAUUCUUCCUCAUUUGUUCUUCAUUAUUCUAAACAACCCAGUAGAGGUUUUGAAGAUACUCUCAUGGAGGCCAAUCUUGAUCUUUCAAUGACUUUUGAUUCUUCAAACGCCACUGUAUUGCAUACUGCUGCGUCACAAGGGCACACUGAAGUGGUGAAUUUCCUCUUGGAAAAGGACAGCAGCGUGGCCGCCAUAGCAAGCCGAAAUGGGAAAACCGCCUUGCAUUCGGCAGCAAAGAAUGGGCAUCUAGAGAUAGUAAAGGCCCUUUUAUCUAAAGAACCUGGAAUCGCAACGAGAAUUGACAAGAAGGGCCAGACAGCUCUACAUAUGGUGGCUAAAGGGCAGAACGUUGAAGUGGUAGAUGAGCUGAUAAAGUCGGAUCAUUGUUUAAUAAACAUGGUUGAUUCUAGGGGCAACACUGCUUUGCAUAUAGGAACUCGAAAGGGUCGGAUUCAGAUUGUUCAAAAGCUGCUAAACCACAGUGGAGAUCACAAACUAGUCAUCAACAAGUUUGGGGAAACGGCUCUUGACACUGCAGAGAUAUAUAAGCUAUCUGAUAUUGCAGGCAUCUUAAGAAACCAUGGAGUUCAGUGUGCCAAAUUCAUCGAGCCACAACCUACAAAUUCGGCUCGAGAACUAAAUAAAACUCUAAGUGAUAAAAGGAAUGAGGUUUAUCAACAGCUUCUGCGUACACGCCAAACAAGAAAACGCGUGCGAGAUGUUGCUAAGAAGCUUAACAGAAUGGAAGUUGAUGGUCUCAAUAAUGCAAUCAACUCCACUACAGUGGUGGCGGUUGUCAUUGCCACAGCUACAUUCGCUGCCAUUUUCAAUAUCCCAGGCCAUUAUGCUGACAGUCCUGAAGAUAUUACACCGUUUAUGAUUUUUAUUGUCUCUGACUCCGUUGCCCUCUUCAUAUCAUUGGGUGUUGUGUUAGUGCAAACCUCAGCUGCAGUUAUAGAGAGACAGGCAAACAAGCAGAUGAUGGCAGUUAUUAAUAAGCUCCUGUGCUUGGCAUGCGUGCUGGUUUCAGUUGCAUUUCUUGGCCUCUCGUAUAUUGUAGUUCGAGAAGAUGAGAGAUGGUUAGCGAAUGUUAUUACUGGUAUAGGGACUGCUAUCAUGGUAUCAACAUUGGGGAUAUUGUGCAUCGUAUUGAGGAUUCAGAAGCUCGCGUCAUCUGGAGGUCUGCAACCACAGGUGGAUCAUCAUACACCGACUGACAAAGAUAUUCUGAAUGAUGAGGAUUUUGAGAUAAUCGAUGCAGUUUGAGCUUUGAUGCGCCUUAUAUGGUUCUCCACACCGACCCGCAAGCUUUGUCACCUGGUAAAAUGAUCAUGCUGCUUUGUGUUAUGACAGCUAGGUCAACGUCAGAUAUGCUCCGAUGCAUGUUUAGAGUUGACGUUUAAGU